UGAAAAAAAUAUUUCAAAGUCUCUUGAUAACCUAGACUAUUUUUAAAAUUUUGAUCCGUCCAAGUGUGACCCCACUCAUUUGUGCAGAGUUCCGACCGAGUUACAAUUUGAAUACCCAUAUGUAGGCAGAGAAGACGCCAUGUUUUCGCUUCCUUUGUUCAACGAACGCUCUCUCUCCUCUCUCUCACACAUACACACACUAACUCUUCACAAGAAAGCCAACUAAGUACAUAAAAACUGAGUCUUUUCCAUUCCAUUUUCAUCUCUGUACAAUGCCUUACCCAAAACUACUCUGAAAUCUCUCUCUCUACCACUCAUACACAUGCCCAAUAAUCCCAUCAACCUACACAUCAUAUAACUCCAACCCAAUAUAUAUAUCAAAAUGCAGUCAUUCCCAUAACUUCUGAAUCUGAAACUUUAUCUUCCUUUUCUGAUUUUUGUUUUUAUGUGGUAGAGGAAAAUUAGUGGGUUUUGAAUCUUUUGAUGAUGUGAAGAUCAGAUCUUUGAAGGCAUUUUUUCGGUGGGGUGGUGGGGCUGAGAUGGGAUCGAGCAGUAGCAAACAUAAUGCACCCGAAUCAUCAUCAUCAUCGUCAUCCGAUGUUCGGAGGACUCGAUCCCGAUCCAAAGGAAGCGGUGUUUUUCAGUCUUAUUGUCUCCGACCGUCGUCUGGAUCUCACGACGAUGACAAUGACAAUGACGACCAGAGUGAAGAAAAUGGUAAUAACAGCCAAUGUGCAAUCCAGAACAAAUCAGACCUGGAUCAAGUGAAAGCUGACUGCUACAGGAAGUUUAAAGUUGAACAACCUGGUGAUACAACCUGUAUACCUUCCAACAUCGAGCUUGAUGAGUGGGGUCAAUCAAGCCUCCCAUAUACCGUCUCCAGAUCUGAUAGUAGUUCUUCCCGAGCUUUCUCUAGCCGAUCAUUGAACCCGUCAGGUCGCUUGCUUUCUCGUUUUAGAUUUUUUCCUGGUAAUUUAAGCUUCAGGUUAAGCAGAGCAGCCAGUUUAGGGUCAUCGAGGGCUUAUCCUGUACCUUCGACAAAUGAUGAAGAAGAGCUUCAUCUACACGCAGGUCCUGCCAUUGGCUUGGUUAGUAGAAAUGAAACUCGACAAGGUCCUGAUUCACUUCCUGUAUGGCUCAGUAAUAGAUCUCCCAUGGCACAGUAUGAAGAUGUUUCUUCUGGUAACUUGCAGAUUCCUCCAACUUCUGCUUCUUCUGAUGGUUUACGAGAUGAUCAGAUAAUUUCUACUGAAGACAUGACCAGAGAUAUUGAUAAUACUCCAGUCGAGUUUAAUGUAAAUAUCCGUUCUCCAAUAAAUCAUACUGAAAUAGAUGGUAUUGAGACAAGACCUUUUGAUAGGCAGAGUGGAGCUCGAGAACCUGUGGAACGGAAUGUAAGGCUUAGUAGAACCCUAAGUGUUGGAAGACUUCGUGACAGAGUUCUACGCAGGUCAUCAUUUCCUGACUUAACAUUUUGUCCUUUGCAACAAGAAAGGGAGGAUGGAUAUGCUUAUCAGGAUGGCCAGAGACAGGAUUUGGGUGGCGGGACAGGGGCAUUGGCAUCUGAUGAGAAUGCCUUGGUCUCUUCAACUUCUGGCUAUGCUCCGUAUGGUAUGUCUGGUUCCUUGUACUGCAGGCAAGAUUCUGAAGUGGAAACCUCGCGUGCAAGAGAAGCCAGGUAUCUUGAUCUCUUGGAACAUGGAUCAAAUUUUCUAGAACGGAGAAGAAGAAUAAGAUCUCAGGUACGUGCUCUUCAGCGGUCGGGGAGCCGUUUUGAGAACUUGUCCAGACAUGAGAGAUCUUGUAUCUUAUCUGGUCAACAUCGAACAGGUCAGUGCACCUGCCGUGUCAGUACUCGAAAUGCUAAUUCAAAUGAUGGCACCAGUGCGAGGGCUAGCAUAUCAAGAAUUGUCAUGUUAGCAGAAGCUUUAUUUGAGGUUCUCGAUGAAAUUCACCAGCAAUCUGUAGCUUUAUCCUACCAACCUUCUGUGUCUCCAAUUGGAUCUAUUCCUGCACCUAAUGAAGUUGUGGAUUCUCUGCCUGUGAAAUUCUACAGUAAAUUGCAAAAGCAUCUGAAUGAGGAGUCUGCACAGUGUUACAUAUGCCUUGUUGAGUAUGAAGAAGGAGACAGCUUGCGGAUAUUACCUUGCCAUCAUGAAUUCCAUAGAACAUGUAUAGAUAAAUGGCUCAAGGAGAUACACAGGGUCUGUCCACUUUGCCGUGGGAAUAUCUGCAGAUCCGACUCGUUACCUCUGGAGAACUAAGGCAGCCAGUUUGCAGUAUGUUUUGUCGCGGACCAUCAGAGUGCUUGGAAACCAAAGAGAUGUUUUUCUCUACCUUGGCAAUCAUAGAAAGUUAUGCCUUAAGUUAUGAUGGUUUGAAAAGUUUGAUUUUGUUUCUGCUGCUGGGGCUUUUGCUACCUUGUUUUAGUUGUUUGGUUGCUGAAUAAAGCAUCAAAGCUUGGUAGAAAUGGACCAAACUGCUCGUGCCGUGCCACAUCUCUUUUGCUGGAAUCUUAAAAGCUGCGUGCACACACAAGGAGGAGGGGGGAGGCCAAUUGUAGUACCAUUUGUUGUGUGUGGAGAAUUAUUUUCUUGAAAAAGGUUUAUUAUGAUGAAUAUGCUCAUCUGGUCUUGAAUGUAUUCUUAAAUUCACUGCUGGUAUACUACAGGCAUCUUUUGAUUGAGAUGGUUUUAUUGUCAGUUUAACCACAACUGCGGGAGAAAAGAACAGAACUAGUGCAACUAAUGUCGUAGUAUCAUUUCUUAAAGAAUGUAUGGCCAAGCCUCACUGGUCUAAAUUGAUUUUAUAUACAUAUAUUUCAUAUA